GGCGGCGGCACUGAGUGAUGGCUGGACGGGAUCGAUCGUGUGAGAGGUAUUACAGCAUGGCCGCUAAAGAAGUACAACAAACACCAGCCGUUGUAAAACCAGCUCCGUAUGAUCCUCCUUCAUGGGCUGGUAAAUCAUUGGUUGGCCUUCACCUGGAUGUAAUGAAAGAUGGCAAAAUGAUUCAGAAAUUAAUGAUUGACGAAAAGCGAUAUUACCUGUUUGGGAGGAACAAGGACGUCGUUGAUUUUGUCACAGACCAUGGCUCUUGCUCUAGAGUGCACGCUGUUCUUCUUUGGCACAAGCAUCUCAACAGAACAUUUCUGCUAGACCUUGGAAGCACACAUGGGUCUUUCCUCGGCUCAAUCAGGCUGGAAUCACACAAGCCACAGCAGGUUCCAAUCGAUUCUACGAUUCGAUUUGGUGCAUCAACACGCACUUACAUCAUACGUGAGCGACCAAAUAACCUCGGAAAAUCUAUUACCGAUGAUACUGGGGAGGAGGUCGAGGGAGGUCUUUUAGGGCUGCCGGAAACUGAGACUGAAUUGGAGAAUCUAACGGAAUUCAACACAGCUCACAACAGGCGUGUGACAACAUUUGGAAUACAGGACACAGAGAAUGAAGGAGCGCGUCCGUUAAAAAGAAAGCGGAGUAACAGUCAUGUAAACUUCAGUCCUGAAGAUGAGAUCAUCAAUCCAGAGGACAUAGAUCCAUCAGUGGGAAGGUUCAGAAAUAUGAUUCAGACAGCAUUUAUUCCGAAGAAGAAAAUGAGACAGGAGGGACAAACGCCGGGUUCCACGGAGACCUCCUCUCGCCACCUACAGCCGCACUAUCACGACAACCUGUACAGCGAUUUGCCGCAUCCCAACGAAGGCGCGGCGCCCAUCGCCUCGGCACUGCCGGGGAAGCUUGGCUUCUCGCUUCCAAAUCCCGCUCCCGAGUUGGAAACGAUGGACGCUCACGUUCCCACGAUUCAUCCGGCCGUGGUGCUGCCCUCCAUGGUAGCCGCGUCCGGCGGAGAGGACGAACCGAAGAAGAAGAAGUAUGCGAAGGAGGCGUGGCCCGGAAAGCGACCGACGCCGGCUUUGCUUCUCUAAGGAGCAGGUAGUGCUGCAGGAGAAGGCGAUUCACGUAGCUAGUGUGCUGUCGUGAGUAUAGCCGAAUCCUGGCACGAUUGUAUAUAAAACUGAUUGUAUUUGAUGUAUUCCACACGUGACAUUACAAACUGUCCCAGCAGUGCACCAGUAUUUACAUGUCCUCACUUGAUUCCGUGUGCGUACAAUUAUGUCGCAUGGUUGCCAAAAGAUUGCCAGUUAUUUUGCAGUGGUAAUACAGUUUUUAGGUUCUGCCUAAUACUGUACACAUGCAGUGAGGACAUAUAUGGUAUCUGAUUGACAUUUGUUUUUGGUUUCUAGUACGAGAUAUUUUAUUGUAUGAAUCUAAAUUGAGCUCGUGUAUAAUUAAACCAAUGGAAAUUGUCAAGCCUUGUAAAGGCGUGGUUUUUUUUUUAUGUCAGGUGCUUUUGCAUUUGGAGUGGUUGCUUCGUCUAUAUUUCAUAAUGCUGUAAUGCGUGUCAGUUGCCAGUGGCCCUGAUGUACCAUAUUUCAUAGCUUAUAGACAUCACUCAUCUCAAAUUUAUAAAGUAAUGAGUAUAUUCCCACUAACAGGUUUGUGCUCACCAUAAAUAAGAUCACACCCUUCAUUUUUACUAUUAUUUUACCCCCCCCCCCCCAAUUCCCUUAUUUCAUAAGCCCUCCUCAAUAUCAGCAUUUGUUAGUAUAUACUGUAGGCUAUUCCAAUGAGGUGUAUAAUAUAUCGUGCCGUAAGUAAAAGUCUUGGCUGUAAUAGUGUGCGCUACCCCAACCUCAAGCUUAUAGGAUACAGGGUGGUUUUUUUUACACACUAUCCGAGAAAAAAUGCAUUAUAUAAGGUGUGAAAUGAUAACAUACCUCUGAUCAUAUUACCCUAUCACAGUCGUGUCAGCCGUUCCAUUAUUCAUACAUUAUAUUAUUUAUCUGUAAUGUAGUUAUAAUAAUUGACAGUGUUUCAUUGAUCACUCGUAGUACUUCCAGCUGAAAAAUAUUAUUUAUAAAUGUAUAAUGUCCUAUAUGAAAUUACUUUUAUUGAAAAUUACAAAACCUGUACAUCACGAACAUGAAAGGUAACUCGUCCUGGCAGUACCCCAUGCAUAUAGCAUCUGUUUUCUAAUAAAUCGUUUGUAAAUAGUGUAGUAUAACAAAAUU